GUACCAUGCUUCGCAAUAUGAGUUGGAAACAAAGCGCCAAGUUAUCUUUCGGAAGCGAGAAGAUUUAAAAAUAAUGAUAAAAUAAGCAAAGAUUUGAUAAAUAAAUUAAAAAAAUUAAGACGGGCAAUUCAUCUUAGUUCACCAUACUGGGAAAGUCCUUUCAAAGGAAGCCUUUAAAUACCAGACGGAGCAGAGGUAGGUUUGUGCUCGCUUCGGCAGCACAUAUACUAAAAUUGGAACGAUACAGAGAAGAUUAGCAUGGCCCCUGCGCAAGGAUGACACGCAAAUUCGUGAAGCGUUCCAUAUUUUGAUGCGCCCCCACAUUGCUUUUCUUGCACGGCACGCCUUUUUGGCUUCGUCUCCCCUCUCCCCCUUCACUGUGCAAACUCCACAUUAUUUGCAACCCCUUUUGCCUCCCUCUUUACCCCCAACCACCCCCCAAAAACCCUCUUUCCAAAAAUGCCGGCUGAUUGCAAGGUGGCUAUUGCACCCCAAUAAUGUUAUAGUGGUGCAUGCAUGCAGUAAUUGAUGCAAUAAUAUGCAUGCAUAUUCAAGACCAGCAAAACAGACCGCGCUGUUAUUUAUUGUUUCCUCCUCCUCUGAGCUUGCACCCAGACCACUUUCUGCAUUGCUGGAAAGCAAAGAUAGGAGCAUGCACGACCCAUUAAAAUGUUCUGUUUUUUGGGGAGCGGUGUGGGAUUUGCAAAUUAGUGGAGAGAGAAAAGGCAAAAAAAGGAGGAAACAACAAAUAGCAGCGCGGUCUGUUUUGCUGGUCUUGAAUAUGCAUGCAUAUUGCAUCAAUUACUGCAUGCAUGCACCAGUAUAACAUUAUUGGGGUGCAAUAGCCACCUUGCAAUCAGCCGGCAUUUUUGGAAAGAGGGUUUUUGGGGGGUGGUUGGGGGUAAAGGGGGACGCAAAAGGGGUUGCAAAUAAUGUGGAGUUUGCAAAGUGAAGAAUGAGGGGGGAGAGGAAGGAAAAAAGGCGUAUCUUUGGCCUGAGGAUGCCGUGCAAGAAAAGCAAUGCAGGGGCGCAUCAAAAUAUGGAACGCUUCACGAAUUUGCGUGUCAUCCUUGCGCAGGGGCCAUGCUAAUCUUCUCUGUAUCGUUCCAAUUUUAGUAUAUGUGCUGCCGAAGCGAGCACAAACUUACCCUGUACCGCAGCUGUAUAUAAACCUCUGAUUUCAAAAUAUUUCCAGUCAUGGUAGGAAAAUGUUAGCUUCUUUCUUUCCUGUGUUUGUUCCUCCUGUCCUUUUCUAAACCCCCCACUAAGCUACCCAUUAGUCUCCUCGCAUUCUCAAAUUAAUCCAUCCUAUUUCUUUUAAUUUCCCCACCCCGAUGCAUGCUGGGAGGCCGCCUAUGCAAAUUUGUCCCCUCAUCGUUUUCCUAUUGAACAGGCGAGAGGCGGGUUGAGAGACAGGCCCUCGCUUUGUCUAUUGAACUGCCUGAAAAGAAAAGGGGAGAUUUGACUCGCCCCACUGAAACGAGCCCGUUUUGACAGAAGAGGGAAGGGAUGCGUGUGGUUGCCGUGCGGUUUUUAAAAUUAUUUUAUUCCGGCUGUUUAUGGGUUUUUUUCAGGCACUAAUGAAGACAGCUGAGAGGAAGGGGUCCUUAACUAGGGCAGCAGGAGUUGGCGCAGGCGCAGAACAGCUGGGCAGCCUGGAUAGAGCGUUGGUGAGUAGGGGGGGGAAUGGAAGAGUUCAUUUGUUACCCCGGGGGGGGGAAUAUCCCCAAAACUAGCAAUAUAACCAUUUUAAGUGCUGGGUAAUCACCCCAAUAGGUGAUUUUCAGGGCAAUUUCCAACUCCAGGGGAAUUUCUCCCCUUUUUCUUGCUGGGGCAAUUAAUCUUUGCGGUGCAAUUGAAUUAAACCUGCUGUUGCAAUUCCUUGCACUCUUGAUUUUGCAGAUUUAAAUGCAUGCCCUAGCAGCUGGAUUUGCAAAAUUAAGAGUGCAAUGAUUUCUCCUAAAAAAUUAAUUUUAAAAACCCGAUUUGGAAAAGUGCUCCAUUGUCCUGGAAAGAAAAUGAACUCACCAUGUUAGCUGUCAUUGCUAGUGAAAUUCAAUUUUCCCUUUCUUGCAAAGCAAAGUUCUUGGGAGCCAGCAAGAAAGGGGUGGUCUUAACUGAACGAAACACUAGGAAUUAAAAUUGCAAAAUUAAGAAUCCUCCCAUUUGUUGCUUUCUUUUAUUUUUAAAAGCUUCCUGGAUUUGCAAAUAAACGAUAGCGGGUCAUUGAGCGCAUUCGAAAUAAUGGCAGGUGCAAAAAUAUCUCUUUCUACUCCCUUCUUUCCACAAAAUGAAAUCGACGGUGACAGCAUGCUAUAAGUGACUUUCACCGAAAACUUAAAAUAAAUAGGGUUUUGGUUUAGCAGCAGGGGUGUUGGGAAAUGAUUUCAGUUUGGGGCUUUUCCCAUGCAACCGUGUAACAAAAUACAGUACAGGGGUACCUUGGUUUUCCUUGGUUUAUUGGUUUUCCAAAAUUUUAAACAAACAAACAUUCAUCUUAACUGUACUUGAUCCCAUUUUAGUAACAUUGUUAAGUGACUUCCUCAAAUCCCCCUGGUUUAGUUUCAAUGUAUAUCAUUGUAACGGUUUUCCAAAACCAAUUUUCUCAUAAAAUUAGCUUAAUCACUUAACAUCUUUCUUUGUUUCCAUUUUGACUUUAAACAUAUUAUUCUCUAACGUCACAUAUUUAAAUCCUAAGCCUAUCUGGUAUUUGCAAGUUUUUCCAAUUAAGUUAUCUUAGCAUAUUUAACUAAAUAGUCUUUGAAUUUCAUCCAUUCCUUCUGGUACUCCUCCUCCUCCUGGUCGCGGACUCUUCCGAAAAGUCCAUCGUCUUCAUCUGCCAUUCCUCCACUGUUGGGACUUCUUGUAAUUUCCCAUUUUUGGCCAACAAAAUUCUAGCUGCAGUUGUGGCACACAAAAACAUCUUUUUGGGGCAAUUCCGAACCUAUUAUUCCAAGAAGAAAGGCCUCUGGUAUCUUAAUAAAUGUAUUUUUCAACCUUUUUUCCAAUUCAUUAUAUAUCUCCCAGAAGUCUUUCACCUUGGGGCAAGUCCACCACAUAUGAUGAAAGAUACCCUCUUUUUCUUUGCAUUUCCAACAUAGAUUGUCAACUCCUGCACCCGCGCCGCCGAUCUCGGAGCGAGAUGGACCUGGCGUACGUCUGCGAGUGGGAGAAGCGCCCCAAAAGCAACCACUGCCCCUCCAUCCCUCUGGUCUGCGCCUGGUCCUGCCGCAACCUGAUCGCCUUCACGACGGACCUCAAGAAUGAAGAGGAGAAAGGUAAUUUCUUUGCAGGGAAAAGCCUGUAGAGAAAACCCAGAGCGGCUUCUGUUCUCCAGCUGAGCAUCACUCGUAAGUCUAAGGCUGGAUCUCCUCCUUUCUUUUUGCCUUCUUCCUUAGACCUCACCCACAUGAUUCACAUCCUGGACAUGGAGCAUCCCUGGGACGUCUGCUCCAUCAAUUCCGGACACGUGGAAAUCAUUACUUGCUUGGAAUGGGAUCAGUCGGGUAAGGAAACCCUCAACGCGGCUUGCAAAAUGAACGUAGCAAUGAAAUAUAUAAGCGUAGCAAUUAUGUGUAUGUCUGUGUGUGUGUGUGUGUGUGUGUGUGUGUGUAUGGAUAAUCUCAUUGCUCUGUGUGUAGUGUGUGUGUGUGUGUGUGUGUGUAUCUAUAUGUGUGUGUAUGUAUGUAAUCUCAUUGCUCUGUGUCGUGUGUGUGUUUGUGUGUGUGUAUAGAUAAUCUCAUUGCUCUGUAUGUGUGUGGUGUGUGUGUAUAUAUGUGUGUGUGUGUCUAUGGAUAAUCUCAUUGCGCUGUGUGUGUGUGCAUGUGUGUGUGUGUGUAUGCAUGUGUGUGUGUGUGCGUGUGUGUGUGUGUGCACGUCUAUGGAUAAUCUCAUUGCUCUCUGUGUGUGGUGUGUGUGUGUAUGGAUAAUCUCAUUGUUCUCUGGGUGUGUACACACACACACACACACACACACUGUUUUACAAUUUAAAGUGCAGUGGUGCCUUGGUUCUCAAACUUAAUCCGUUCCGGAAGCCCGUUCCAAAACCAAGCCACGCUUCUUUCCCGUAGAAAGUCAUGCAAAAAAGCCGUCCCAGGCUUUUAAAAACAACCCCUAAAACAGCAACUUAACAUGGAUUUAAGAUUAGCCUCCAGGCGCAAUGAUGCGUUUGGGACGCGGGGCGGGGCAGACAAAAUUGGCCUGAAGAACUUCGAUUGGAAAGCUUUCGUAGAUCCAAGGCGAGAGCCUGUCCAAAUCUGUGGGGAGGUUUUUUCUGGCGCUUCUUCCAGACGGGGGAACUGCCACAACUGGGCUGCUCCGAGCUUUUUCGACUCUCUCCCGCCGCAGGAUCCCGGCUGCUGUCUGCCGACGCCGACGGACGCAUCAAAUGUUGGAGCAUGGUGGAGCACUUGGCCAACAGCUGGGAGAGCGCCGUGGGCAGCGUGGUCGAAGGCGACCCCAUCGUGGCGCUCUCGUGGCUGCACAACGGUGUGAAGCUGGCUUUGCACGUGGAGAAGGUGAGCGAGGCCGGGCGGGAGGGUUUUGUUGUCUAGGGCUUGCCGAUCAGAAGGUUGGCGGUUCAAAUCCCUGCAAUGACAGGGUGAGCUCCCGUUGCUCGGUCCCUGCUCCUGCCAACUUUGAAGUUCAAAAGCACACCAGUGCAAGUAGAUAAAUAGGUACUGCUCCAGCAGGAAGGUAAACGGCGUUUCCGUGCGCUGCUCUGGUUCGCCAGAAGCGGCUUAGUCAUGCUGGCUACAUGACCCGGAAGCUGUACGCCAGCUCCCUCGGCCAGUAAAGCGAGAUGAGCGCCGCAACCCCAGAGUCGUCCAUGACUGGACCUAAUGGUUUGCUAUUGCCAAAUGCCAACGUGUUUGCGUUAUUAAGUUUGUUAUGAAUAAAAAAUCAUUUUAAGUUAGAGCUUAAUACAUAUUUCACUAUUAAUAUACCUCUUCUUAAUUGUAUUACAAUUCAACAAUGAUAAAAUACAUAUUUUGUUAUGUGCAAAGGGCUUGAGAUACCUAUCAGGUCCAUAAAUUACCCUAUAGCAUAGAUUCAACACACAAAAAACAGUGACAAUUUGUUGACAAAGGACAGCUGAACAUAGAAAGGGCCCCAUGACCUUUAGGAGCUGAGGGCCACAUCAAACCUCAAUGCAACCCUUGAUUUUUAUCUACCCCCUUUUUAAAAUCAUUUUUAUCUGUUUUCCGAUAAAAACCUUCCAAUUAAAUGUCCAGUCAUAAUUAGAAAAGUAAAAAAACUAAAAUAAAAAAGAUCGAAUGGUAUUUAUUGAUUUCUCAAUUUUUUUAUCCCGCAGUCGGGAGCGUCGAACUUUGGCGAGAAGUUCUCACGGGUUAAGUUCUCCCCAUCACUGACGCUCUUCGGGGGCAAACCGAUGGAAGGCUGGAUCGCGGUCACCAUCAGCGGCCUGGUGACGGUCUCUCUGCUGAAGCCCAACGGGCAGGUGCUGACCUCGACAGAGAGCCUCUGCCGCCUGCGGUGCCGCGUGGCGCUGGCCGACAUCGCCUUCACGGGUGGGGGCAACAUCGUGGUGGCCACCUCGGACGGCAGCAGUGCCUCGCCCGUCCAGUUCUACAAGGUCUGCGUCAGCGUGGUGAACGAGAAGUGCAAGAUUGACACUGAAAUCCUGCCGUCGCUCUUCAUGCGAUGCACCACGGAUCUCGCCCGCAAGGACAAGUACCCGGCCAUCACCCACUUGAAAUUCCUCACCCGGGACAUGUCGGAGCAGGUGAGGCCUUCCCGGGUGGCGAGUUCGAAUCCCCCCUCGCCGUAGCUGUCACCGUCCCUUAUUUGGCGGGACAGUCCCUUAUCCCAGCGCCGUGUCCCGCCACUGUCCCUUAUUGAUGAUGUCCCUUAAAUUUCCCGGGUUUCAAAGGAAGCAGCUCCUCUCCCUCCCUCCCUGCCGGCCUGACUUGUUGCCCUAUUGUGGUUUGGUAUACAGUGGUACAAAGGACGCGGGUGGCACUGUGGGUUAAACCACAGAGCCUAGGACUUGCCGGUCAGAAGGUCGGUGGCUCGAAUCCCCGCAAUGACGGGGUGAGCUCCCGUUGCUCGAUCCCUGCUCCUCCCCACCUAGCAGUUCGAAAGCACGUCAGAGUGCAAGUAGAUAAAUAGGUACCGCUCCGGCAGGAAGGUCAACGGCGUUUCCGUGCGCUGCUCUGGUUCGCCAGAAGCGGCUUAGUCAUGCUGGCCAGUAAAGUGAGGUGAGUGCCGCAACCCCAGUCGGCCACGACUGGACCUAACGGUCAGGGGUCCCUUUACCUUUACCUUAUACAGUGGUACCUCGGGUUACAUACGCUUCAGGUUACAGACUCCACUAACCCAGAAAUAGUACUUCGGGUUAACAACUUUGCUUCAGGAUGAGAACAGAAAUCGUGCUCCGGCAGCCGCAGGAGGCCCCAUUAGCUAAAGUGGUGCUUCAGGUUAAGAACAGUUUCAGGUUAAGAACGGACCUCCGGAACGAAUUAAGUACUUAACCCGAGGUACCACUGUACGGCGUUUUUCUCUGCUCACCCCCCAGAUGUUGCUCUGUGCCUCCAACCAGAAUAACAGCAACGUGGAGUGCUGGUCUCUCCGGAAAGAGGGCUUGCCGGUCAACAAUAUUUUCCAGCAGAUCUCCCCCACAGGUGAGUUUCUGGAGGUCAGGCGAUGCUUCCCUGCAUUUAUAAACGCUGCCCACCUGACCGGGUUGCCCCAGCCGUUGAUUUCCCCAUCUCUCUAUCUCUCCUUUCCUUCCUUCUAUCUCUCUUUUCCAUCUCUCUUUCUCUCCUUUCCUUCCUUCCGACUCACUUUUCCAUCUCUAUCUCUCCUUUCCUCCGACAACAACCCUGCGAGGUCAGUUGGGCCAGAGGCACAAGUGGCCGGCCCCCUGAGGCGUCGCCCAGAGAGCUCCGCGGCCGAGUGGGGGAAUUCGAACUCAGGACCCUGUCCGACUCUCUUAACCACUACGCUGCGCUUCUUAUUCUCCUACCUUCUUCUUAUUUCUCAGUCGGCGACAAGCCGCCCAUGAUUUUGAAGUGGCGGAUACUCUCGGCCGCCAACGACCUCGACCGCGUUUCGGCCGUGGCUCUCCCGAAACUCCCCAUCUCCUUGACCAGCACAGAUUUGAAAGUCGCCAACGACACCAAAUUCUACCCUGGCUUAGGUGAGGAAACCUCUCCCUGUCCCCUGGAAAUGUUGUCAUUAUUAUUCUUACUUCGCGAUAUACCCGUAUUUUUCGCUCUAUAAGACGCAGCAGACCACAAGACGCACCUAGUUUUUGGAGGAGGAAAACAAGAAAAAAAAUAUUCUGAAUCUCAGAAGCCAGAACAGCAAGAGGGAUCGCUGCGCAGCGAAAGCAGCGUUCCCUCUUGCUGUUCUGGCUUCUGGGAUAGCUGCGCAGCCUGCGUUUGCUCCAAAAAACCACACACAUUUCCCCUUACUUUUUAGGAGGGGAAAAGUGAGUCUUAUAGAGCAAAAAUAUAUAUAUGUUAUUGAAUUUUCAAAAGUUUGACAUUUAUCCUUCGGUAUCCCUUGUUAAGUUUAUCGUUUCUCAACUUCCUGCCCCUUCCCCCCCGUGGCGUUUUAAUUUCCCCCCUCUGCUGCUCAAUACCUCAUCGUUCUUCUUUUUUUCCUUUUGCCAAUCUUUUUAUGGGUUUUCCCUUUUAACGAAACAUCACCAAAUUAAUACGUUUUUGCCCUUCAAAAGUAGACUUCAAGUAAACUCUUUCCUUGACUUUUAACUGCAUUCUCUUCCCCAGCUAGUUCCUUUUUAAAAAUCCAUUUCCUGGUAAUCUUCUUAUUGCAAUGUUGCCGUUUUAUUCAUUUAACAUAGAAAACCUAGCUGGCAGCUGUCCAUUUACCCAUACGGUACCGUACAAAUUUGAUUGGGGCAUCCAAAUUUCGUGGCUGGGAACGAAUUAGAUAUUUCCCCAUAGGGAUCAAUAGAAAUCAGGGACUCGUUAUGCAAACAAGGGACUCAGGUGGUGCUGUGGGUUAAACCACAGAGCCUAGGACUUGCUGAUCAGAAGGUCGGCGGUUCGAAUCCCCGCGACGGGGUGAGCUCCCAUUGCUCGGUCCCUGCUCCUGCCCAGCUAGCAGUUCGAAAGCACAUCAAAGUACAAGUAGAUAAAUAGGCACCUGGCGGGAAGGUAAACGACGUUUCCGUGCGCUGCUCUGGUUCACCAGAAGUGGCUUAGUCCUGCUGGCCACAUGACCCGGAAGCUGAACGCCGGCUCCCUCGGCCAAUAAAACGAGAUGAGAGCCGCAACCCCAGAGUCAUCCGCGACUGGACCUAAUGGUCAGGGGACCCUUUACCUUUAUACAAACAAACCGAUCGAUUGGUCGUUUUGCGAGUGAUUUCCAGGGAACGCAUUGUGUUGAGUGUAUGGGUCUUGAGUUCCAGUUUCCCUCUGAAAUGUCCCUUGCCUCGUGCUGUUUUCCCCCCCUCCUCCGCCGCCCCAGGACUCGCACUCGCUUUCCACGACGGCAGCGUCCACAUCAUCCACCGUGUCUCCCUUCAGACCAUGGCGGUCUUCUAUGGAUCGACAUCCCAGCGUCCGGCGGAGGAACAGGCCAUCAAGAGGCAGAGGACGGCCGGACCCCUGGUCCACUUCAAAGCCAUGCAGAUGUCCUGGACAUCACUGGCCUUGGUCGGCGUCGACAGCCACGGGAAGGUAAAUAGAAAACUUACAACUACAACGACUAAUCUUUAUAUCACAACACUUUAUAUGUUUUCCAAUUCUAAUAUAAAAGGUAAAGGGACCCCUGACCAUUAGGUCCAGUCGUGGCCGACUCUGGGGUUGCGGCGCUCAUCUCGCUUUACUGGCCGAGGGAGCUGGCGUACAGCUUCCGGGUCAUGUGGCCAGCAGGACUGAGCUGCUUCUGGCGAACCAGAGCAGCGCACGGAAACGCCGUUUACCUUCCCACCGGAGCGGUACCUAUUUAUCUACUUGCACUUUGACGUGCUUUCGAACUGCUAGGAGGGCAGGAGCAGGGACCGAGCAAUGGGAGCUCACCCCGUCGCGGGGAUUCGAACCACCGACCUUCUGAUCAGCAAGUCCUAGGCUCUGUGGUUUAACCCACAGCGCCACCCGCAUCCCAAUUCUAAUAUAACUCGUUACAAAAUGCCUCCAAGUUUAAAUCAACGUAGAAGGGUCAAGAAUUCCUCAUUUGCAAGUCUUUGGAUAACCCUACUAGCGUUUUUCACUGCUUACAACGAUCUUUCAAAUAUUGUAUAAAUUUACUCCAGUCCUUUUGGAAUACUUGAUUUGCUGGUUUCGGAUUUUUCCCGUCAGCUUCGCCAGUUCUGCAAAGCCCAUCACCAUCUUUGGGCUAAAAGAAUUCUUUCUGCUGUCGUUGCUCAUAAGAACAAUUUUUUUAUCUUUUCUCCGUAUGUCUACUAAUACCCAGGAAAAAGGCUUCUGGUAUUUUAACAAAAGCCUUUUAAAACAUUUUCUUUAACUCGUUAUAUAUCAUUUCCCAGAAAGCCUUUACCUCUUUGCAAGUCCGCCACAUGUGGUAGAAUAAACCUUCCCUUUCUUUACAUUUUCAGCACUCGCUAAAUCUUGCCUUAGACAUUUUAGCAAGUUUAACUGGCGUUAAAUGCCAUCUGUACAUCAUUUUAUUUAAGUGUACUGCAUGCAGUUAAAUUAAUGCCUUCCUUCCACAACCUUCCCCAAGAUCCUAACUGAAUAUUAUAUCCAAAAGCUUUAGCCCAGGGGUCAGCAAACUUUUUCAGCAGGGGGCCGGUCCCCUGUCCCUCAGACCUUGUGGGGGGCCAGACUAUAUUUUGGGGGGGAAAUGACUGAAUUCCUAUACCCCACAAAUAACCCAGAGAUGCAUUUUAAAUAAAAGCACACAUUCUACUCAUGUAAAAACUCGCUGAUUCCUGGACCGUCCAGGGGCCGGACUGAGAAGGCGAUUGGGCCAGAUCCGGCCCCCGGGCCUUAGUUUGCCUACUCCUGCUUUAGCCCAUUGUAUCGUCACCCCUUUAACCUCUUCAUCUUGAGUAUGAUUACAUUUCCAACGCUUAUUUGGUGGUUAAACGGCUAUCGUCCCUUCCGACCUCUCACCACACCAGCUCAGCAUGCUUCGGAUCUCCCCGUCGAUGGGCCAUAUCCUGGACAUGAACAUCUCCCUCCGCCACUUGCUAUUCCUCCUGGAGUAUUGCAUGGUGACUGGAUACGACUGGUGGGACAUACUGCUUCACGUCCAGCCCAGCAUGGUGCAAAACCUGGUGGAGAAGCUUCACGAAGAAUACAUGCGCCAGAAUGCGGCCCUGCAGCAGGUGAGGCGGGAAGGGGAAGGGAGGAAGCUCCUUCGCCCCGAGUGUGUUGGAGUUGAGUGGACGCCGCCAAAGGGCGCUGGCAUGCAUGGAGGUGCCGUUUCGCAACCCGCCAGCAGGUGGCGCUAGCCAUCUCGAACUCUCGGGGAUAGGAAAGGGUUCCUUUGCAAUGGGCGCAUACGUCAGUUUGCAUUUCACAGCGUGGAAAGUGUGGCUCUGAUGUGUUGACAUCUUUCCUGCUUCGCUUACACCCUUGUGCAAAUUAAUUGAAACAAACCGUUUCAUUUAUUGUACGAAACUCGCAUAUGCAUGGACAAAACUCACAUAUUGUUAUUAUUUUUUUAAUUGCGAUACUUUAUUACUUUAUUAAUUGAAACGAACCGUGUCGUUUAUUGUAUGAAACUCACAUAUGCAUGGACAAAACUCACAUAUUAUUAUUUUGGAAGUGAAAUACUUUAUUGUCACUUGUGCACCGUGAUGCAGUAUGAAAGGACACUUUUCGUUGUGAGCUUAGGGAAGCUUUUAAUGUUUAAUAGGCUAUUGUGUUUUAAUAUUUUGUUGGAAGCCGCCCAGAGUGGCUGGGGAAACCACUGCGCUGACUAACAUGUCGGAAUCUGCUCUGGGUCAAUAUUGCGUGGAAUUUCACAACAGGGUGACCCUUUUUUUUGCUUUGGCAGGUGCUCUCGACCCGGAUUAUUUCCAUGAAGGCGUCACUGUGCAAGCUCUCCUCCACCACGGUGUCUCGGGUCUGCGACUAUCACGCCAAGCUUUUCCUGAUCGCCAUCAGCUGCACCCUCAAAUCGCUCCUCCGUCCCCCGGUCUUGAAUACCCCGGACAAAAGCCCCGGUGACCGUCUCACGGAGAUCUGCUCCAAGAUCACCGACGUGGGUGCGUGACAGUCUCCGCAGUGACAUACCGUAUUUUUUGCCCUCUAAGACUCACUUUUUCCCUCCUAAAAAGUAAGGGGAAGUGUGUGUGCGUCUUAUGGAGCGAAUGCAGGCUGCGCAGCUAUCACAGAAGCCAGAACAGCAAGAGGGAUCGCUGCUUUCACUGCGCAGUGAUCCCUCUUGCUGUUCUGGCUUCUGAGAUUCAGAAUAUUUUUUUUCUUGUUUUCCUCCUCCAAAAACUAGGUGCGUCUUGUGGUCUGGUGCGUCUUAUAGAUCAAAAAAUACGGUAAUAACAAGAACUCCCUUUCCAGAUAUCGACAAAGUGAUGAUCAACUUGAAGACGGAGGAGUUUGUCUUGGAAAUGACCACUUUGCAGUCUCUCCAACAGCUGAUUCAGUGGGUCGGCGACUUUGUCCUCUACCUGUUGGCCAGCCUUCCGAACCAGGUGAGACCCCCUGAGUCCCCCAUUGCGCCAACGCUUUCCCAAAUUGCCUUCCGGGUUGACCGACAAUCCGACUCUCCACCUACUUUCCGGGGACGGCGCGUGAAAACCCAAAACACCUGUGGCUCCGAAUGCUCCCCGCAGGUGAGCUCGACGGCAGGUAAGAUGGACAGUGGUACUCAAUAUCGCAAUAUAUCGCCGGCUGAACAUCGCGAUAUUCUGAUAUAUAUCGCGAUGUCCGGAAUAAGGCUGGAACUACGUGUAGGCGAACAGUUAGGGCUGAUAUCUGGUUUUCGACUUUGCGAUAGGUCACCGGCUAAACAUCGCGAUAUCUUGAUAUAUAUCUCGAUGUCUGAAAUAAGGAUUGUAGCCUUAUUGGACUUUACCGACUGGUGGGGUCUGCGUUGCUCCCGGGAGGGAGAAAGGAAGUCAAAUGACACUGAGGUUGAUUCAGAGAAAGAGUUUAUUCUGCUCUCCGGAUAGCAGAAGGCACUUGUGUGGUCAGUUCACAGCAAGUCCAAAGAAAUGAGAAAUUUCAUGCAGUAUAUAUAUCCUCCAGGCACCCUCUCCCUCCUCCCCAUAUAAAUCCAUCCCCGUCAUCCUAUACACGCAGGUUGACAUCACAUAUGUUCUUGCUCUGGUAUUCUUAACCAUAAAAGGGAAUUCCUUCCUGCCCUUCUGACCAUAAAAGGAUCUUUUUCUUCCUACUCUUUAUCUUGGAGGAAGAGGUGUCAUCUCCGAGAACACGCUUUUAGCCUUGUUCCGGACUUAGGUCUGUGCGUCUUUUGUGUUCAGCACAUAAGAUAAGGCACAGACGUGUCUUCUCUGUUCUGCUGGUACAGUGAAGGCCAUCCUUGCCGUCACAAACUGAUAAAGGAGAGGGCUUUGAGCACAGCCGGGUUUUUGUUUAUACGUUGACUCAGAGCUCAAGUUAAUGGAUUUUAGCUAAGGAAAAAUAGGGAUUUUGGUGCAGUUUCAAACUGCCUGCACACUCAGUUUUGGGUUUGGGAAACCCAUUCCUUCAAUAAUAAUAAUAAUAAUAAUUUAUUAUUUAUACCCCCCCCCAUCGGGCUGGCUUUCCCCAGCCACUCUGGGCGCCUUCCAACGAAACACUAAAAUACAAUAAUCUAUUCAACAUUAAAAGCUUCCCUAAACAGGGCUGCCUUUAGAUGUCUUCUAAAAGUCUGGUAGUAAUUUGAGAUAUAAAUCGAACGUCGAGAGUUUUGACCUUCCUAACCUGCCCCCUUUUCCCCCAGGGCUCGGGUCCCGUCCGCCCAGGACACAGUUUCCUCCGCGACGGCUCCUCCCUGGCCAUGCUGCGGGAACUGAUGGUCGUGAUUCGCAUCUGGGGCCUUUUGAAGCCCAGCUGCCUGCCCAUUUACACGGCAACUUCGGAUACACAGGACAGCAUGUCCCUCCUCUUCCGGCUCCUGACCAAACUUUGGCUGUGCUGUGAGUAGGGGAUCGAGGCUCGAUGCAACUGCAGAUAGAGCAAUAUAGAAAUCACAUUAAAGCGGAAUCGGUUCAUUCAGCCUUUAUUCGCGUAAUUCAGACCAGGGUGGAUAAAAACCAAUGCAAACCAGAUUUUUUUAAAUUAUUUAAAUCAGAUUUGUUUUUUAUUUAAAUCGGAUUUUUAAAAUAAAGUCCCAAGUUGUUGUUUUUUUUAAAAUCAGAUUUUUUAAAACUUAAAUCAGAUUUGUUUUUUAUUUAAAUCAGAUUUUUAAAAUAAAGUCCUAAGUUGUUGUUGUUUUUAAAUCAGAUUUUUUAAAAUUUAAAUCAGAUUUUUAAAAUAAAAAAAUAAAAUAAAAAUUUAAAUCAGAUUUUUAAAAUAAAGUCCUAAGCAUAUCUACAUAUAUAUAUAUAUAUGUAUAUGUAUAUAUAUGAUAUAGAUGUAUAUGGUUUAACUACAACAGUUAACAAACAUGGAUACGUAUGCUAUAAGUUAUCAUUUUUUAAUUUCAAUUGGAUUUUUAAAAUAAAAUGCUUUUAGAGGGGUAAAAAUUAUCUUUAAGUUACAUUAUAGCCCAAAGGCUGUUAAUCCGGAAAUAAGGAUUUGAGUUUUUCAUGUGUGCUAAAACUCAGUCUGAGUAAAACCUUCCUCCCUGGUCUGCUAGCUUUCUAGGUGCAGGGAGUCGGAAGGCAAAUUUCAGGGGGCAGCUUGGUGUGUUUAAGAGGAAAACCCCGCAGGAAUGGAGACGCGGCUUUCUGCUGCGCUUUGCAUGCAAAAGCGUGUUUUUUUUUACAAAAACCUGCAAGUAAAACCUUGCUCCCUGAUGUGCUAGCUUUCUAGAUGCAGGGCAGUUUUUUUCCCCCGAAGCACCCUGAUCCAAAGCCCAGGAGCUUCCAGCUUGGUCGUUGUGUAUAAUCAUCUGGAAGACUUUUUUUGAUCUUUCGGCUAAAAUAUUUGCAUAUAAUUUAUAAUCGUUAUUUAGGAGUGCGAUAGGCCUAUAGUUGUUAAUAAGUAGAUUGUCUAUUCCGUUUUGGAAUUAAUUCAAUAAAGCUGUCUUUCCAUGUUGUUCAUGAUACUUCUUAGUGGGUCAGACAGUAUGUCCUCAAAUUUUUUAUAAUGUAUUGUAUAAUAUAUAAUAUAUUUUAUAAUAUAUAAUAUAUUUGGCCCUGGUGACUUUCCUUAAUUGCUCUUUGAAUUUCGUACAAUGUAAUAGGGGCAUCCAACAGUUCUUUUUCUUCUUUAGUAAGUUUCAGAAGACCGUUCUGUUCUAGAUAUUCUUUAAUAAUAUAAUAACAAUAAUAAUAAUAACUAUAAUAAUAGUUUUGACUCGGUGCUAGCAUUCGAGUGAUAAAGGAACUGAAAGAGGUGGACAACAAUUAAGGAUCUAUUACGUUUUCAGAAUGUAUUAGAAAAAUUAUAUAGAAAGGUUUAUUGGUUUGCGUGCAUUCAAAUGUAAGAUAAAAGAUACGCAAAGGGACUUGACAGGAAGUCAAAGAUGAAGAAAAGAUUUUGGGAGAUAAAAGGGGGAAAAAUAAUUUACUUUCAUUAUUAUCAUUUUGUGUGCAGGUGUAGGUGUGUGGGUGUCUGCACAUAGGUGUGUUGUAUGCAAUGUUUGGGAGGAAAUAAGGCGGUAAAUAACAAAUAAACUAAAUAUCGAUGUAUGUAAAUUUUUUUCUUAAUUAUAUUUAGUGGUAGUAGGGCUGUAUUGUUUUUUGCAACAUAAAAUCAUUCAAUAAAAAUUAAUUAAAAAGAACAACAACAAAGCCAGGUGUGUCCUCUGAGCCUGACGGCCCCCCAUUGCCCCUUGCAGGUCGGGACGAAAGCCACCCCAGCGAGCCGGACGACGCUUUGAUUGACGAGUGCUGCCUCCUGCCCAGCCAGCUGCUCAUUCCGAACCUCGACUGGUUGCCCGUCAACGACGCCAUCAUCCACAAGCUUCAGAGCAAGCAGCCCGUCCGGAUGCAGUUUGGGAAGCCCCCGGGGCAGGGACAGGGCCACCCCGCCUCCCUGCAGUUCGACGCCUUCGUCAGGUAGGUGUUGGGCGAUGGGGAGACAGCGGAACUCUCUGCCACAGGAAUGCCACCACCAGCUGUCAUGGCUUAUUUAAAAGAGGACUGGGCAUACCUCUCAAAUCAGAACCAGUGAAGGCGGUGAAGGUCCUGUGUGAGUGUCUGGAGGCGGUUGGAGGAUGGAUGGCGGCUAACGGAUUGAGGUUGAAUCCUGACAAGACAGAAGGACUGUUUUGGGGGGGCAAGGGGCAGGCAGGUGUGGGGGACUCCCUGGUCCUGAAUGGGGUCACUGUGCCCCACUGCUCACCAGGUGAGCAGCCUGGGGGUCAUUUUGGACUCACAGCUGUCCAUGGAGGCAGUUCUAUGUCCAGGGCGGCUCCAUCUGGUACGCAGGAUGAGACCCUCCCUGCCCACGGACUGUCUGGCCAGAGUGGUGCAUGCUCUGGUUCUCUCCCGCUUGGACUACUGCCCUGCGCUCUGCUUGGGGCUGCCUUUGAAGGUGACCUGGAAACUACAACUAAUCCAGAAUGCGGCGGCUAGACUGGGGACUGGGAGUGGAGACCACAUAACACCGGUCUUGAAAUUGGCUCCCAGGACGUUUCCGAGCACAAUUCAAAGUAUUGGUGCUGACCUUGAAAGCCCAAAACGGCCCAGUAGACCUGAAGGAGCGUCUCCACCCCGGACACCGGGGUCCCUCUCCCAAGGGCCUUCUGGCAGUUCCCUCCCUGCGAGAAGUGAGGUUACAGGGAACCAGGCAGAGGGCCUUCUCGGUGGUGGCACCUGCCCAUCAGAUGUCAAGGAAAUAAACAACCAUCUGACUUUUAGAAGACAUCUGAAGGCAGCUCUGUUUAGGGAAGCUUUUAAUGUUUGAUGGAUUACUGUAUUUUAAUAUUUUCCACCCAGAGUGGAAACCCAGCCAGAUGGGCGGGGUAUAAAUAUUAUUAGUAUUAUUAUUAUUGCUUCCCAAACGCUGAUGUUUUGCCUCCUUAUUUCAGGGCCCCCGGGCAGCCGAAGAUCGACCACUUGCGGCGGCUCCACCUCGGAGCGUACCCCACGGAGGAGUGCAAAUCAUGCACCAGGUGAGUGCCAGGGAAAAAACAAAACCCCGGCGACGGGAGGCAGCGUCGCCCAGCGGUUACAGCAUCACCGGUCCGGUCUUCCCCGUCUCCUGGCGGGAGAGCGGCGGCUAGUCAGCCUCGGGUUCGAACGCCAGUAGGGCUGGGGAAGGAGAAGAGGGGAAAAUACCUGCGUGGUUUAGACCUGCAGGUAGCUGCUGCCGACCCGUGCCGGCCAUAUGGAGCUAAGACGCAACUUCCGGUCUUGACUCCGCAGGUGCGGCUGCGUCACCAUGUUGCAUUCGCCCAACAAGACGACGGCCGUCAAACAGUGGGAGCAGCGCUGGAUCAAGAACUGCCUCUGUGGCGGGCUGUGGAGGAGGAUGCCGCUGGGCUACUCGUGACGGCGCCCCCACCAGGCCGGGAGGAAGGACUGCAGGGAAGCUGGACCCGAAAAAAAUAAGGCGAUUUUGUAAAUAUAAAGGUUCUGAGUUUUGCAAAAAGGCUGUUUUCGUGUUUCUUGGCAUUCCCUCUCCUGCAGCGUCUCUGCUUUUUCGAAGAUUGAAAUGGCCACCUCUCAUCGGUUUGCAACAGGUUUGCACUUUUUCAUUUAUGUUUGUAAAAAUCGUUUUUUCCGAUCCGAAUUUCGUGGUGCGCUUUUGCAAAAAACGCAGAAAACCUCGGGGUAACGACGAGCAUGUCCGUGGAAACGACGUGCAAAAACGCUUUGCGCCAGGAGAAAUUUUUGCUUGCGGGAAACAGCAGGGAUUGCACAAAAAAACAGAGAAAAUUGUGCUGAAAGGCCGAAGGAUUUUUUUGCAGAUUUGGAGAACUUGAAGCCUGGAACGCGCGGGAAAGACAUGCAAAAUCUAAUUUUUGCAUCUUAUUAUUUUUUAAAAUUGAUUUUAUUUAGCAUCAUUAUUACAAAAUAUUGCAAAUACAUACAUACAUAUUUCAGAUAAGCACACAUAUA